AUGCAAUAAAUACUCAAAUAACAAUAAGCUUAAUAAUUUUUAGCACAAUAAUUUUCUAACAAACCUGAUAAGAUUAAACUUUCAAAUUUGAUUCCCACACAGAUCAAUGAGAACUUUUUUAACAAAAAAACAAAUGAAAUUAUGGAUAAGAAACCAUCAUCACCAAGAUCAAAUAAUUAAGUAUCUAAACCAUCUUAAAAACCAUACUAAUAAAUUGCUAUUCAUAAAUCCAAUAUGUCCUUGCAAAAUAAAAGUCAUAUUGUAAAUGAAUAAUUUUAAGAAAAAUUGAAUCAAUUUAGUAAAAGGAGAGAUUAUUCACCAAAUUCUCAAUAAAGCAAUUAUAAAAAGAAUGAAGAAUUCUUAUAAAGAAGACCUUCUUCACUUGUAAAUGAAGAAUAUUCAGCUACUCCUUAGAUUAAUAGAUUUAUAGCUAAAUCUCCAACACCAUCAGAAAUAUAAGAAAGUGUAGCAUCUCUAUUAUAAAAUCAUUAAAGUAAUAAAUUAUAAUGUAAAUAUGUAGCUAUUUCAUCUCCAAAAAGUUCAAAUUCACAAAAACCUAAAACAAAUGCAUUAUAAUUAGGUCCAUAUUUAUCUAUACAACAAUAAUAAACAAAAUCAAACCAUAAAAUUAAAGGUCAUAGUUCAGCUAAUUCAGUUUCAUAUAAUUUAAAAUCAAAUAUUUUAAAGAAAUGUGAUUUUGGAAUGAAUCAUACACCAACUAAAAUUACAACUACAACAUUAAAUACAGAACAUAGUAAAAGUAAAUCUGUUUUGGAUGAACAAUGUAUUAGAAUGAUUUAUUAUGACAAAGAGAAAGAGAAUGAUAUGAAUUUAUUAAAUAUUGGUACUCCAAGUACUUAUUUGCAUUCUAAAAUAUCUAUUGAAUAAUAAAGUGUAAGAUAAUAUAUUAAUAAUAGGUUGGUGAAAGUUUAAAUAGCAAAUUUCAUUAAGCUAAAAUAUUAACAUAACAAUCACCAUAUUAAAAUACUAGUGGAUCUAAUGAUCAUUUAUAAGAAUCAUUUCCUGUUAGAACAUGUAUUAAUCAUAGAACUAAAAAAGCUAAAUAUUUUGUGGAUGAAUAUUAAAAAUAGAUAUUUUAUUGUUCAUAAUGUGCUAUUGUAGUAGCUAGUUAAGGUAAGAUUGUGUAAGAUUUAAGUCAAUUGAUAAUCAAAUCAUAAGAAUCAUAAAUAUUAUCAUUUUAAUCAAAUUCAGUAGAUUCAAAUAGACAUUCAAAUUUUUCAGAUGCUAAUUUCAAAGAAAGAGAAUUAAGUGGUUUUUUAACUAAAUUAGAAUAUUCAAAUUCAUAAAGAGCUGAUAUAUUAAAUUAAAUGUAAAAUUAAAUUGAAAAAAUUAAUUAAUGGUAUGAAUCUCAAAUUAGUAAAUGUCAAUAAUCUAAAUAAGUAAUGUAAUAAAUAAUAAAUGAUGCUUGUAAUAAUAGUAUGUAAAUACUUUAGAAUCAAAGAUAAGAAUCUUUAAAAUAAUUAUCAAAUUUAUAUUAUGUAUUAUAAUAGCAUUAAUUGGAUGCUUAAAAUAUAAAAUAAGAUAUUGAAAAAAAUUGGACUGAAGUUUUAGAAGAUAUAAGAAUGGAUCCUUUUAGAAAGAUUAUGGAUUAUUAUUAAUCUGAAUUUAUUAAAAUGAAUGAAUUCCAAACAUAAUUAUUAUCUUCUACUAUUUCAGUAAAAUCAUUAUCCAAAACAGAUAUUCAAUCUACUUUAGCUUUGAUUGUAUAAAAGUAUUUACUUUUUUAUAUAAUAUUAGUUUUUAAUUAAGUGAAUCUGAAUAAUAAUUAAUUUUACAUAUCAAUUCAAUAUUCAAUUAAACUAUUAGAACUUAACCAACUCCUCCAAAGAAAAGAACUGAUACUGUAGAUUCAUAAAUCAAUUAAUCAAAUUAAUAAUAGAGAAUUAAAACUGAUUAUAGUGGAUCCAAAACAUAACCACAUAAUAAUGAAACUCCAUCUAAUUUUUACUAAUAUUUUAAUGAUAAUAAUAUUUAUUAACUAAGUGCUUCCAAAUUAUAAUCAUAAUAAUAAUAAUAAUAAUAAAAUACAAAUAAAAAUAAUCUUUAUAUUUCUUUUGAAAAUAAAGAUAUAUUUAUGAAUAUUUUAGAAUCUGAAAAGAAUUCUAAAUAAAGUAUACAUGAAGAUAAAUAAUCUGUUACUUCUAAUCCAAUUAUGAUUCUAGAAAGUUAUAGAGAAUCCAAAAAAAAUAUACCUGAUGAUGAUGGAUAAUUAAGUGAUCAUGAAUCACAUAAAUCUACUCCUCAUAGUCCUGCCAGUGGUUAAACUAAAUAAUCAGUUUAAAGAACAGCCACUAAAUUAGAAGAUUAUGUUUAAAUACCUAAAGAUGCUUUCUAAAAAUAAAAAAGUACUUUCAGAACUCUCUUUGAUAAUAUUGAAGAUUAAUAAUAAAAUAGUGAACUCAUUUAAAAUGAUUCAAGUGUUAGUCCUGCUAAAAGUGAGAAAUUUAGAUCUAUCUUAAACAAAAUCUCGAAUAAUCAAUCCAAAACAUAAUAGUAUAAUUAUAUUAUUAUUUUAACUUAGAUUUUAUUAAUAGAUGAUUUAAUCAAGUUAAAAAUUUAUAUUAGAAACACCUGAUAUUAAAAAAUAUGAAAUUUAAGGAGUUUAAUGUUUAUAAUAUCUAUAAGAUACUGAAACAUGUAAAAAAGCUAUUUUAUCAAAUAAAUAAUCUUAAUUAAUGGAUUCAGUUCAAUAAAUGAAUUUGUGUGAUGAUCAAUAAGAUCCAAGUGAAUUUGAAAAUGAUGAAGAUAAAGAAGUCUAAUAAAUGUUUAGUUCUAAAGAAAUGAAACAUUUCAGUGAUUAAAAAUAAAUGACAUAUCCCAGUGAAUCAAGUCAAAAUAAUAGUCAUUUAGAAAUACGAAAAGAUUAAUAUCAAAAAACACUGUUUUGUUCCCCAUAAUUCAAAGAUUAAGACAUAUUGAAUAUAUCUGAAAGCAGUGGAGAUUCAAAUUGA